AUGUCCAUCGAAAACACACCGUUGGAUGAGCUUCAAUGGAAAUCCCCCGAAUGGGUUAAUGCCUUUGGUUUAAGAACCGAUAAUGUUCUCGAGUAUUUCUCUCAAUCUCCAUUCUUCGAUAGAACCUCUAAUAAUCAGGUGUUGAAGAUGCAGAACCAAUUUUCCGAUGCAAAUUAUAUUAGCAGGCCAUAUGAAUUAUUACUUAUCGACCUUACAAAAAUGAGAGGUACGGAAUUUAUCAUCUCUAUAGUGAGAGAGCCAGACUUUUGGGUUAUUCGAAAGCAGUACAGGUACUCAGAGACUCGGGUUAAAACUUUGGCUGAUUUCUACAUCAUUGGAUCCAGUGUAUAUAUGGCUCCAUCAAUUCAUGCUAUUCUUUCCAGUAGAUUAUUGAGUACGUCUCUUAAUUUGAAGAAUGCUAUCAACUUACUUCAAGAACUUCCUAGUUUCUCUCCUUCUAAGGGUCAUUACUAUGAGUUCAGUAAGUCUGACAAUGAAUCUAAAGACGACAAAACUGAAGAUUCCUUGAAAUUGCCUGAUUCUAUUUCCAAUGCUUUCAGUAACCUUCUUAAUUUGUCACUCCAGAAGAAUUCUGUACGUUUGGAUGAUAUGCCCGAUACGGGGAUCAACGAGAUUGCCUUGACCAAGCAGCAGCAGCAGCAGCAGCAACAACAGCAACAGCAGCAACAGCAGCAACAACAACAACAACAACAACAACAGCAGCAACAGCAGCAACAACAACAACAACAACAACAACCUUCCAAGUCCCUUCUAAACCCAGCAGUCUCUUCACCACCCAAAUAG